AUGAUUCCCGAACGCCAGAUUCCAACAAAAGCAUUUGUGGUGGAGGCUCCCGGCUCGCCAUUUGUUCUUCGCGAUGUGGUUUUGGACGAAGUUCGGGACAAUGAGGUCCUGAUUGAGAUGAUGUAUACGGGCCUCUGUCAUACUGACAUUGUCGUUCAGCAAGGCGCCAUGCCUGUCGGGGAUUUCCCUGCAGUUCUUGUACGCCGCAUUGGCGGCGCAGUCAAGGAUAAGACGCUGCAAGAAGGCGACCUAGUAUUUCUUAGCUUCACCAGUUGCAACAGCUGCUGUGCUUGUCAUGAGGAACGCAAUGGCUUCUGUCGCAAUAUGACCGCGAUCAGCUUCGGAGGCGCGCGAGGGAUAUCGGCGGUCGACUCACCCAUCAAAUCUCCAACGGGCCAACCCUUUCGAGGCCAAUUUUUCGGUCAAUCUUCGUUGAGCAAGCUGGCCAUUGUAUCGGAAGGGUCUGUAGUUAAGCCCUCCACCAGCAUUAUCGAGGAAGAUCUGGCAUCGUUGGCGCCUCUGGGAUGUGGUUAUCUCACGGGCGCGGGCACCAUUCUGAACAUCCUGAAACCUAAGCCGACAAGUUGUCUCGCUGUUCUGGGAAUGGGAGCGGUCGGACUGGCGGCGCUAAUGACUGCCCGGGCUCAGGGUGUCGAGAAUAUCGUGGCAGUGGAUAUCGUUGAUGCGAAGCUUGAGUUGGCCAGAACACUCGGUGCUUCAUAUACCUUGAACACCAAGAGCGUCGCCACGCUGGACGAGGGGCUUCGCGCACUUUUCCCGGGUGGAGUCGACCAGAUUCUGGACACAACAGGCGUGGUGGCUCUGCUAGAGUCUUCUGUGAAAGCCUUGGGCCAUGAAGGGGUUCUUGCCAUUGUAGGUGUUGCCCCAGGUGGAUCGUCGCUCAAGAUCGACCCGCUGGAAUUCAUGGUCAACUGCAAGCGCAUCAUCGGUGCAAUUGAGGGGUCUGCAAACCCAGCCAAGCUCAUUCCGCAAUUGGUCGAUUGGUAUAAGCAGGGCAAAUUUCCGGUCGAUAGGUUGGCCCGAGUCUACGCGGCAGAUUCGCUGGACGAGGCAUUAGAGGACCUGCAUAAAGGCAAGGUCAUAAAGCCAAUCCUCAAAUGGACGGAAAUUUAA